CUCAGUAACUCCAUUGAAGCAACUGUCCAAUGCUCCACUUUUCCUCAACUCAACAAUCUAUGAUUCGUUCGCAACGCUAUCUAAUUUCCGCACGACGGUAUCUAUAACUCAGUCCCUGGAUGCGGCGAAUCGCAAACAGAACCGGCCGCGUGGCAACUCUCAACCAGAAGCGACAUCGGUCCUCGUGAUCAUUGCGCAGCAGACAUGGUCAACCAUGGCCCCUCAAGGGGCUGCUCGACAUGUCGCAAACGACGCGUCAAAUGCGACGAGGACAGGCCAAGCUGUCGUGAAUGCCUCCGGCUGCGACGGGUGUGUGGAGGUUACGAAUCAGAGAAAAAGACAGGCGGGAUUCGGUUCAAGGACCAGGGCACUGGUGCAAGGCUCCUUUCGCCGACAUCACGGUCCAGGAGCCCUCGCAUGUCGACAACGCCAAAAUGGACAAGGCAGGCUGUCAUACCAGCAACGAUUACCCCCAGCGACGAAUCAUCCGCUGUCUGCUUCUUCCUCACCUCGAUCGCGAGCUUAGGACGAAGCUUUCCCUCGACCCAGGGCUUCCUGGAGCCUCUUUUCCCUGUCGUAGCCAAGGAGCAUCCGGAUUCUGUCCUCUCGACCGUCCUGACCGCCGUGUCAACGAAGCUCUGGAUUUUGUGGAAAACCCCAACAAACAGCUAUCGAACGCCUCAUCCUCCGUUUACCAGGGCGUUGAGUCGCCUGCAAGCAGCUCUCAAUGAUCCCCUCGAGCGGUCAAAGGACAGUACCGUCCUCGGCGCUAUCUUGAUGCAUUUCUACGAGAGCCUCGCUGCUCGAUCGACGCACCAGCGUACCAUGCGCGCCCACCAGGACGGGGCUCGUGCAUUGCUCGAACAUGGCGCCGGGAGCGUCCCGGACUCGGAUUGCCGCGCAUACUUGAGGAGCUACCUGCGGCACUGUGAUGUAUCGACAUAUAUGGAAGUGCAACCGGACGACACCUCGGGCCUGGAUGUUUGGUUCGAUGCGGGGUGGGACGAUUCUAUGCCAGCUAACCCGAGUGCAGUCUUGGACCUGAUCGGGCUCUCGAUUGCCGAUUUGCAAAAGAGACUAUCCACCUUCAUGUGUGGGCUGGCCAAGAAUAACCUGGAUGGUCUGGCCCUCGCGACUUGGUGGCAGGACGCUUCGUCCGUUGACGCACAACUCUUGGAUUGGGUUCAGUUGGUGCCGGCCUCAUGGCAGCCUUAUGCAAAACCCGAAGAAGACACCUUUGCUUACUUCGGGUUCUGCGAUAUAUACCCGACCGUCCAGAUUGCCACGAUCUGGAAUGUAUGGCGCGUUUGCCGGCUCAUGGUCCUGCGGAUGGAGCUCUGUCUGCUUGCGAAAGCGCCCCCCGAGGCGCUGCAGCAAACCAUCUCGAUUGCUACCAAGGAAUACAGUUUCCCAGAUCCCAAUCGCGGCAGGGAGUUGGUGGACUCCAUCUGCCGGUCCAUGCCGUUUUACCUGGGCAACCGCCAAAAUCACGGAGGCAUGCACGACUUGGCGGACCCAGCGAUCAGAAUCCCCAACUACCACGACCAAGACUUGGACGAAGCCGUGCGUACGCAGUAUCUCCGAGGGGAUCAGGCGAUGAGUCUCCUCGAUUACAAGCGACAUAUACUGGUUCAAGGCCCUUCGCACGCACUGCUUCACUUGAAUAGCCUGAUCAAAGUGCUGUCAAAGGAGGGCGGAGAGCUCAUCUGUCGUGGGCUGCGUGGGGACCAAGUCGUCUGGAUACGGGAACAGUUUCUCAGGGUCUGCGAACUUACUAACCCGGUUAGUCGGUUUAACUGGUAGUGAAUUAUAUGCAUACCUGGCAAUGAGUCAAAGCAAACUGCGAUAUGCAUCUACCCGCGAUAUGCCUGACCACGCCGUACUCAAAUUAGGUAACA